CAAGCCUCUUGAUUUUGGGUUCACAACAACCUUCAAUCUCAAUAUGGCGCAGGUUCCUGUUCAGACGAUCCAUAGGGAUCCCCAGCUAUUCUACUGGAUUCUCAUCCCUAUUACGCUUGUUAUGAUCUUGACUGGAGUCCUUCGCCACUAUGCGACCGUUUUGAUGGCUUCGGCGCCCAAGAGGCAAGAUAUGCCCACCCUUCGAGAACAGCGAUCCUUGAUGCGAGGUAUCAAUCUUCGUGCGAAUGCCAACGCAAUUUCCCCAGCCUCGUUCCAAGCUCGAAAGGAUUAUCUCGUCAAUGCAUAUGAGAGUGGAGCUUUCUUAAAGGAGCCAGAGAAGAAGGGACAAGGAGCACCAAAUCCAAUGACGGAUCCUGCGGCUAUGGAGGGAAUGAUGGGUAUGAUGAAGGGCAAUAUGGCUAUGAUUGUCCCGCAGACUUUGAUUAUGGGAUGGAUCAAUGCUUUCUUCAGCGGUUUCGUGAUCAUCCGAUUACCCUUCCCGUUGACGAUCAAGUUCAAGAGUAUGCUUCAGGCCGGUGUUGCUACGAGAGAUAUGGACCCCCAAUGGAUGUCCUCCAUCUCGUGGUACGUUUUGUGUAUCUUCGGGCUGCAGUCGGUGUUCAAUUAUCUUCUUGGAAGUGAUAACGCUGCGAGUCAAAUGGCACAGCAGAUGGGUUCAAUGGGACCAGGUGCGGGAGCUCAAAUGUUCGGACCGGGCGUUGACCCAGACAAGCAAUUCCAAGGAGAGGCAGAGAACUUGGCCGUGCUGGCGCAUCAGUACACAUUGGAGGGUGUUGAGGACAGAAUUCUCAACACUGUGAGGGUAUAAUGUUAAAGUUGCAUCUAGACAACCGGGCUAGUGCUGCUGGGUUUCAAACUCAGCACUCACUUGAAGCUGUACUACCUCGAUCUAGACUCUCCGCUACCUCGUGACGGCGAGCAAAAUGAAUGAGAUUACAUGAUCCAUCCCACCCCUCGAAACCUCAGCUCAUGAAAGG